AUGCCCGCCCCCUCCUCCGCCUCGCGGGCACGGCGGUUCAGCCUAGUGCGAUGCCUGACCACAUGCUUUUCCACCCUCGUCAUCCUCACCGGCGCAAUCAUCCUCAUCGUCUGGCUCGCCAUCCGCCCCAACGAGAUCGACUACACCGUCGACAACGCCUCCGUCCGCAACUACAACUUCUCCGACGACCGCCUCUCCGCCGACUUCACCUUCACCAUCAAGGCCAAAAACCCCAACGCCAAAGUUUCGCUGUACUACGACUCCAUUAACGCCUCGCUUUCUUACGACCUCUACCCAAUCGGCAGCGCAAGUGGCAGCCCGUUUUACCAGCGCAAGAAGAGCACCAGGGAGUUCGAGCUGGUUUUCCCGACCAGACGGGCGGUGCUCCCCGACGUUGCCACCCGGGAUCUGAAGAACCAGAGCUCGACGGCGGGGAAGGUUGCCGUGGACCUAACCAUCUAUGCUAAGAUUAGGUUUAAGGUAUGGUUUGUGAAGUCCAGUCAUUUCAUGAAGGUGGUGUGUUCACCCAUAAAUGUGCCUUUGUCUAACAAGGGCUUUCAGCCUGAAUUUUGUGAUGUGUUUAUGUGA